CUAAAUACUAAUUAUAAGUAGUUCUUCUUUCUUCUUCAGUUUUUCAACCUCUUUAAUGAUUAUAUAAAAAUUUCUUCAGCAGUUUAUGUCAUGGUAGUUUCCGCUUUCCAGGCUCUCACAAUCAGAUAAACAAAGUGACUAGAAUAUCAUCGUAUGAUCCUGAGUACCACUUCCUAUCUUGGUUAUAUAUCUUUAUACUGUUUUCUUUUCUUUUCCUAUACUAGAGAUUUUGACAUCUUGCAAGGAACUCUACACUGAAAUAUAAUUAACCUCUUCAGAGGGAGCUAUGCCACGGAUACCCAGUAGAACAAUUCUGGAUGCAUAUCGACAGGAUCCUCUUCUUCCAUUGCUUCUACAAGAAUGUCGCUCCCUUGACCUGGCCAAAAAUGAAUUGGGCUGGCUGAGGAGUCGGGCUGUUUCUAUAGCCCAGUCAAAGUCAAAAAUUGAGACAUUCAGAACCAAACCAUUCCAGGGAUGGCGAAGUUCUCUGAGAUCGAUGUGCAGGGCACGCUCUCGAGGCAAACCACUCCAGUACAUACUUGGUGAUCAGCCCUUUGGGGAUUUGGACAUUUUGUGUAGGAAAGAAGUUCUGAUUCCUAGACCCGAAACUGAGACAUUCACCUUCCACGCUGCGAACCUCAUCUCGCGCAAUGUCGCUAAUGCCAGCCAAUCUCGGAUCAAGCCUCGUGCUAUAUCUGUACGUGUGAUUGACCUGUGCACGGGAACAGGAUGCAUAUCCCUCCUCCUACAUGCUCUUGUCGCGCCAUAUGUACGGCACUUGUCCAUCGUCGGGAUUGAUAUUAGUACGGCAGCAAUUGACCUGGCGAGAAAGAAUUUAAAAUACAACAUCCGACGAGGAAAAUUGUUGAACCGAGCGAUGGUGGAUAUUACAUUCAAACAAGGCAAUGUUCUUUGUGGUGCACCUGUUGAUGCAUCGCAUGUGGAGCAAGCUCUGGGUGGUACUCCUGAACCAACCCUGCGUACAGCGUGCCAUCUUGAUGUGAUCAUAUCCAACCCACCGUAUAUAUCUGAGAAAUCAUAUGGUAAUGGGACAACUGCACGGAGUGUUCGGAUGUUUGAGCCCAGGAUUGCAUUAGUCCCUCCAGUGAUCGGCGAUGCUCUGAAACCACCGUUGCACCAGCAAGAGGAUAUCUUCUACUACCAUAUUCUGUCACUUUCCUUCAAGAUGAGGGUAAAACUUGUAAUCCUCGAAUGUGGUGACCACUCACAGGGCGAACGUGUGGCAUCUUUGUGCCGUGCCUUAGCAGCUCAAUAUUCACAGGUGGACGAUUUGUGUAUCAGUAUUUGGCCAGCUAAUGAUGCGACUGUGAACGACAGCGCUCGCGCAGUUUCUGAGCCAUGUAUGGUUAUAGUACAGCGAAGCGGAUUGGGUAAUGAUUCAGCAUGUGAUCAACCUCACCACUAAAUUGAACCGGAGCACAUUGGUUCUGCCUAUGAUACAGAGGGACCGAAGUGCAGUCAAGUCAAUUGUAUGACCGAGGACUCACCCGUAUACGGUUUCAUAGUCUAGCAUGUCUUCUAUCGGUAAGAAGGGAAUAAACAUUGCACAAUAAACGAGCUUUUACGGUUUAAGUUAAUGCCCUCUCAUCAGUAGGGCAGCCUGGGUGCGGUCCUUUAGUACUAUAAAUGGUAAU